AUGUCUCCGGCCCCUCGAAACCGCAGCAAGCCAAAUUUGCCAAUGAUGCCUCCAUCAAAACAUCGCUCACGUCCUGUGCCCCAGCCCGCUGAUCAGCAACUGAUACUAGCGCCAUGGAGGGCUUGGGAGUCUAUUGCUGUCCACCUUUCGAACGUCACCGCAGGGGUGAGGACACUGGAUCUUUGGAGAGCGUUCAAGGAUGAGGGCAACGUUCGCUCCAUUGAUAUUUUCGAGAACUUUCAAGGAAACAGAACUACGAGAGCAAGAAUAAGACUCAUUCCUAACCCUGAACAGACCUCCCCGGGCACCGAUUUUUGGAAAAGCGCGUUUCGACGCAUCACACUCCACAACGGGAAAUCUAUUUACAUCUCCAUGAGCCUUGGCAAGAAGCCCCCAAAUUGGGAAGUUUCAGCCCAGUCCAAAGGUGGGUCAGUCUCCCGGCAGAAGCUGAGACUCCGCUUCAGACUACGUGACACUACCAAAGAAUGGCCUACACCUAUUUGCAAGUGGAUUGAUCUCAAUCCCAAGGCUUCAAAGACAUCAUCCACUGCCGUUCAGGACCCUUUUGACACAAGCCACAUCCAUCUGCCGUUUGCAGUCCGCUACUUAUUGGAGGCAAGGAAGCUUUUUGAACAUGUCACUCUUCAAAAGAAAACGUACUACAACCCCGAUGGAAGUUUUCGACAUAAAUCUUGUCAAGAGGGCAAAAGUAGAAAGAACACCGUCUUACUGUUGCCUGAUAUCUCAAAUUGUGUCAUUCGCCGUUACGCUAACCUUGCAGACAACUUCCUCAGAGUCAGAUUCACAGACGCAAAGCACAUCGGUCGUAUUCAUGCCACUGUUGAUAAUACCAUGGAUGAGGUGUUAACCCGGAUCAAAAGAGCAUUGGCAAAUGGUAUCACCAUUGGAAGCACACGUUAUGAAUUUCUCGCAUUCGGGAACUCCAGUUCCUGUUUCUCUACCACCAGGGCCAUCUCCGGCUGCACCGCGCACGUCAAGAAGAUUGACGACAUUGAGGGGAACGGAUACAUUUUCUCGGAUGGUGUCGGUAGAAUAUCAAAGUUCCUUGCACAGAUAGUGAAGUCGGAGCUUAAGAUCAAGACACCUACUAAGGAACCCCCUUCUGCGUAUCAGUUCCGCCUUGUUGGCUGCAAAGGGAUGCUCAUCGUCUUCCCGCAAGCUCGACCGCAAGAAGUACACAUUCGGAAGAGCCAGUUUAAGUUUGCGGCACUUUCUCAGGGUUUAGAAAUCAUCCGCUGGUCCCAGUUCACCGUUGCCAGCCUCAACAGACAGCUAAUCCUAGUGCUUUCCACCCUUGGGAUUACUGACAAGGUGUUCCAUCUAAAGCUCAAAACAAUGCUGAGAAAUCUGGAUGAAGCAAUGGAAAGUGAUCCAAAGGCAGCCCAUCUUCUCAGGAAAUACGUGGAUCCUAACCAGGUCACCCUUACCAUAUACCUCCCUAAAAAUGGUGAAAAGUACGAAAUCAUUGAAGGUAUCUGCAUCUUGGCGCGUAACCCCUCUCUUCACCCUGGUGGUAUUCGCGUGGUUAGGGCUGUCAACGCUCCAGGCCUUCAUCAUCUCAAGGACAUAGUUGUCCUACCGCGGACCGGAGACCGCGACAUUGCAAGUAUGUGUUCCGGCAGUGACCUUGACGGAGACGAUUUUCUUGUGAUCUGGGAUCAAGAUCUGCUUCCGGACGAUUGGUUUCGGUCCUUUCAACUACGACAAUUGCCCACGCGCAUCUCGCAUGGGGUGAUUACCUUGAUGAUGGUCUCAACGAAGCAAAAUGCAUACGGCUCCCUCAGCUACACUCAAAAGCCGUCGACUACUACAAGACAGCUUUACGACGCUGUCGGAAGGAUCGAUUUUGGCCCCAAUAUCGAGAUGGACUUUGAUAAGCGGAUCUUGAACUGUAAUGUAGAAGUCCACGAUGCCAUAUAUGGCUUUGCCAGGAGACUCAAAGACGAAUAUGAUAUUGCCAUCCGUCGAAUAACGGCACAGCACGAGAUCAAGACAGAGUUUGAGGUGUGGUUGACUUACUACAAGUUCCAUGAGGAUAUUGGCGCAAUGUCCUUAGCCCUACGCGAAAACUUCAAGAAACGAGCCUUUGAAAAGGUUGGCGGUCGAACCUUUGAUGCUCUUGCCCCCCUGGCUGUCGCUAUGUAUCGUGUUACCUACCAGGAAAUGGCUACAGCACUAGCAAAGCACCCAACGACCCUCUCGACGGACCUACAAUGUAAUCGACCCGCACAGCAUCAGAUUGGCGAAGCAGAGCUCGGUACAUGUCUUAAGAAGUGCGAUACAACCAAGCAGGACCAUCAAGCACUCGGCCCUCCCAAAUAUCACCCGGAUGACGAUCCGUUUGGUCUCGGUUUACGUGAUGAUGCUGACGCUGCAACAAUAGCCAGCAAUAAUUUACCCUCCAGUGACUGUAACGUCGAUCGCUGGAAGAUUUCCUUUGGUUUUGGACCGCUCAAUGUCCUGAGCGCACAAUCGAAAUUGCUGUACAUGCCUCGCCUUCGAUUGAAGAAGGGACUCUGUUGGAUUUUGACCGUGACCCUGCCGAGGGCGGGUGGGAAGCUAACCCUAAGACGACCGCGCCGGAUUUGA